CGAAUGCGGCAAGGAACCGCAAUUCAAGUGUCCUUACUGCACUCAUCGUACCAAACAGCGAGGAAAUCUUUAUCAGCACAUUCGUACCAACCAUCCUGGCAAGAAUGUCUUCUCGAGUAGCAUUUAAUAAAUGAUUGGACAUGGAUUGACAACGUGGACUGGCGAAUAUCAUUACCGUGGUCGCUUUGGUCAGCCGAAUUAUCCUGAUCGUAAACUGGCAUAUAUGUCCAGUGCACAUGUGAACUUCCGAAGUUCACAAAGGAUGAACCACAAUCUCGACAGGAGACCGGGAAAUUUCAAAUGUCCUAAAUGCGGCAAGGCUUAUCGUUGGCUAAGAAAUAUGAAGAAUCACUUGAAGAUCGAAUGCGGCAUGGACCCUAAGGAAUGCUGUCCUUACUGUCCUCAUAGGACGAAAUACAAGAGUAGCUUACAAAAGCAUAUUGCAAGGAUACACUUAAGAUGAUCCUGAAAGGACAAUCUAAAUAAUUUACAAAUAAUCUAGUUACCGAUUGUACAUAAUUAUUAAAGGCAGUAACGUCAAGUAUUAAAAAAGAAAGAAAAAAAAAAAACGUGUUAAAAAUACCUAAAAAUACAGUUCUUACUAAAACUUUACUUAGAUUACCUUUUCCAUCAUUUUUUCCUUUGAGUAUAUGAAUCGUUACGUAAAGUAUUAACGUAACAAUUUAUUUAAAUAGUAACUGAAUAACGCAAAUUACUUUUUAUUUAUAUCAGUAAAAAAAAUAAAUACCAAUAAUAUACACAAAAAGUUCAAUUCUUAAAUCAAGGUGAAAAGG